UGAAUCAUUGUAGGAUCGUGUGGAGAGUACAGGAAGAUGCAGUAUCUGCUAACGUCUUGGUCACUUAUGCGUCAAUGGUUGGAGUUCUGCCACCAAUCAUCAGAGUUCGCCACACGCACGCUCUAAGCGAGUGGACGAGCUUGUGUUGCUAUCGGAGGUGGGCUGAGCUGUGUGGUUUUGUAUUUGACUCAAGUUACUUUUUUUUUUUUACCUUUUCACUUCGUCAAACAUGUCGCCUGCUGGUACUCAGAAGAGCAGUUCUCUGACAUUGGUGCUAAUGGUUGCUUCUGCAGCCAGCGGAGGAACUCUUCAAUAUGGCUACAACCUGGCCAUCAUGAAUACUCCAGCAACAUUUAUUCAAACCUUUGUCAAUGAGACGUUCCUGGAGCGCUGGGACAUGUUGCUGGAGGAUUACCAGGUGACUCUGGUCUGGACAAUUAUUGUCUCCAUCUUCUCUUUGGGGGGCUUUGCAGGGGCCCUUAUCGCAGGACCUUUGACCAUACGCUUCGGGAGGAAGAAAUGCUUGUUGUUGAACAACAUUUUCCUCAUGACUGGAGCACUCCUAGCUGUGACAAGUAGAGCUGCCAAGUCUUUUGAGAUGAUCAUUAUCGCACGUGUCCUGGUAGGAAUAAAUGCUGGGAUCAGCAUGAAUGUGCAACCCAUGUAUUUUGGAGAAAGUGCACCAAAGCACUUAAGAGGGGCUGUCUCUUUGUCAUCAGCUGUUUUCACAGCAUUUGGUGUUGUGUUAGGACAGGUGGUUGGAAUCAGAGAAAUCCUGGGCAGCGAGCCGUGUUGGCAGUAUCUUCUUGCUAGUAAUGCCAUUCCUGGCGUCAUCCAGCUCCUUACCCUGCCCUGGUUCCCGGAGAGUCCCAGAUACCUACUAAUUGACAGGGGGGACAAAGAGGCUUGUAUAAACGCUUUGAGACGGUUGCGAGGCUGCGAGGUCCAGAGCAGCGAGCUCGACGAGAUGCUGCAAGAACAAGCUGCAACCAAAGGCAUGAAGCACCGUGGACCCUGGGAGCUGUUUAGUGAUCGCUCAGUGCGCUGGCAGCUCAUCACUGUCAUGAUCAUCAGCAGUGCCAUGCAGCUCUGUGGGAACGACUCGAUUUACUUCUAUGCAUCAUAUGUAUUUAAAGAGGCUGGAAUAUCUGCUGAUAAAAUCCAAUAUAUCACUAUUGGCACUGGUACAUGUGAAUUCCUAGCAUGUAUAUUGUGUAACUUGCUGAUUGAGCGUAAAGGUCGGAGGUUCUUGCUGAUGGGAGGCUACAUCCUCAUGACCAUCUGGGCUGUGGUCUUCACAAUUGCUCUGUCAUUUGAGCAUUAUACAUCCUGGAUGCCGUACCUGAGCAUGGCCUGCAUAUUCACAUACAUUCUCAGCUUUGGCAUGGGACCAGCUGGAGUGACCGGCAUUCUGUCGACAGAGCUCUUCGAUCAGACAGCUCGGCCGGCCGCCUACAUGAUCUCGGGCUCCAUGAUGUGGCUCAACCUUUUUAUCAUUGGGAUGAUCUUUCCCUUUCUAGUUAGUGGGUUGAGCGAGUUCUGCUUUGUGCCUUUCGGAGCGGUCUGCCUGCUGUCUGCGCUGUUUGUCGGCCUCUUCCUGCCUGAGACAAAGGGGAAGUCUCUGUCAGCCAUCACAAGUGAAUUUCACAAACUCAACUUCAAAGGCCAGGAAGAAAAGUGUGCGUCGCAAACUACAGCUCAGUAUCAAUUGGGUGAAGUGUGUCUCUCAACGGCCUUGUAGACGGACAAAUGGCCCACUGUGACACGCUGCUUGAGCUGGGAGAACCGCUGAAUGUCUGAACUAUCACAUCCCCAUAAACAACUUGACUCAAUUAUUACUCCUUAAUCUUGAAUGUGUUUUCUAUUCCUAAGGAUUUUUUUCGAUAUCUUCGUGACAUAAGCUACUUAAAAAAUAUUGAGUACUGAAGACACUGCCUUCACAGCAGUACUGGAAAACUAAGUUAGACACCAUCUAUCUAUUACAUCUAAAUCAAUAAGACUACAUAGUGUCAAUCCUAGUAUCCUGCUCUGCUCUUUGAUUUCUUUAUUGUUUACUGUAAUUACAAUCACUGUACAUCUACAGAAUAUAAGUAAUUGGCUCCUUCUGAAAACAAAACACUGGUUUGGGGUUUUUAGGUAACAAAUUAAGCUUUUUCGUUACUUGUUUCCUGUUUUUUAACAAAUAAAAGCGAUAAAUUAAGAGUUAUACCGACCAUGACAGACCUUUUUCCUUCUGUUGGGGGUCAAAGGUCAGAGUGCGCUGCACAUCAGGCCUUCAAGUUAAACAAACUGCAGAGCACAGAAGUCCAGAACAAAAUGAAUGUAUUUAAAUAAGAAUUAAGAGUUACAGUUUUAUUACAAACUGCAUGCAUCAGCGUACCUCAUUCAAAACAAUGGUGUGUAAUAAUAUUAAGCAUUCAUGCAUUUAGUUUAGAAUGAUAUCUACUCUAUUUACAUGACUGAAAUAUGUGCAAUUGUUUAUGUUGAACGUCGACAUUUUUGUUUUCAUGAUCUAACUGAGCCAAAUAAAGUCUUGUAUGAA